AUGAAAUCUUGGGAAGCGAAACAACCAAAACCAACCAUAUUAAGCAUCGCCCAAGGCCUGGUCCAGCAAUAUGCGCUUCCGGUCGCGGUGGUCGCCUACCUCGUCCGACGCUACCUGGCCAACAAGAAAAAAGCUGCCGGGAAGUCCGAUCCUAAACCCAGCGCCCAGAAAACAGAAACGGCUCGGGAGACUCGCAAGCCGAGUCGGAAUUACAAGGUGAAGCGCGAGCAGGAAGGGCCGCUAUUAGUCGGCGCGGACGAUGAAGACGUGGAGGUGCAGCCCCACGAUGAUGUCAUGGAUGCUUAUGACGAGAAGGAGGUGGAGAAGGCCGGCGCUGCAUCAGCUGGCCCCGGUGGCGGCAACACGGCGAUGUUGCAGAUGCUCCAACAGAUGGGUUACCGCAUCAUCAUGCCCAAGGACGGCAGCGGGCAAGUCUUCCUGGUGCCGCCAGGCGCCCCGGGUCCCGGCGGGCAAGCCAUAGCAGAAGGGGAUGAUGAGGGCUACGACGAGGACGAGGAAGGCUACGAGGAGGAGGAAGGCGAGGACUGA